AUGAUGGCUGAAUUUGAUAUGAUGGAUUUGGGAUUACUUCAUUAUUUUUUUGAACUUCAAAUUAUUCAAAAUGAUCAUGGUAUAUUUAUUUCACAAGAAAAAUAUACAUGUGACUUGUUGAAAAAGUUUUAUAUGUUUCAUUGCAAGACUUACUUUACUCUUAUGAAUAUAAUCGAAAAAUUAUAACUUGAUGAUGGGAUUACAAAAAUAAAUGAACACUUUUAUAGAAGCAUUGUUGGUGGUUUGAUGUAUUUGACUCAUACUCGUUUAAAUAUAUUAUUUUCAAUUGAUAUCAUUUCAAGGUUUACGUACUCACUAUAUGUUCAUCAUCUUGGAGCAACAAAAAGAAUACUUCAAUAUGUGCAUAGCACUAUUAAUUAUGGAAUUCUAUAUCAACAUGAUACUGAAUUUAAUUUUUCUAGUUAUUCAGAUAGUGAUUUUGUUUUCAACUUUGGUUCAGGUGCAAUCUCAUGGAUUUAUAAGAAAUAA